CUGGGAGUUGCGGGAGUUACAUACGCGCUCCUGACUCAUCUCGCGUCCUCCGAGAUGCUCCCGCGGCUCGGAGCUGGAGCCAAAAUGGCCGCCUCGGGGAGGCCGGAGCGAGGUGGUGGACUCAUCCUGGUAGCUGCCUUAGUGAUGGAUGGGGAGUCAGAACCGAGCCCUGUCGUGGCAGAAGAGGCAGGCGAGCAGGUGGAGCCCAGGGAUGCCACUCCCUCCCCAAACCCACCGCCACCACCACCAUCGGCCACGCCCCCCGCUGAGGAGUCCGGGGAGACGGUUUCCGCGGCAACCGGAGCGGCAGCCCCGGCGGAGGGCGUCGCCGAGGACCACGACGACGACGACGUGGUCCUGGUCGGGGAGGAGGAAGACACUCCCAGCACAGACUGCCUCCAGGAGCCGCCGGCUGCUGCUGUAGCUGUAGCAACGGUGGACACGGCAACGAUGCCUUCCAGGACUCCCAGUUCUCCCGUGUCUUCCACUGCGGCGUCCACGGCGACGGCGGCGCUGGAGCCCAUCGUCAUCGACGACGAGGAGGAGUCCGGACAGAAGGGGGCCCCCUCCCCAGCCCCCCCCGGGGAGGGGGCCCCACAGUCCCCCGGCGCCCUCAGCUGCACGGAGCCCGACUCCGAGAUCAGGAUCGCCAGCGUCACCACGCUGGGCCCCGGCGGCCGGCGGGGGGGCGCCGCCGCCGGCACGCCCCCGGAGGCGGCGGACGUCCAGGCGGACAUGAACCUGAUGAUAACCUCUGUGACAUCACUGCAGGGCGGAGCCACAGCCGUCGUGGCAGGUGAAGGCCAGGCGGAGGAAAACGGUCUGCAGAUCAGCAGUGCCUUCAGCCUCAAUCCCGACAACCCGUCUGCUCGACCGACCGCCUCCUUCAACCCGGGGCGGGGCUCCGUCAGCCAGCUGGUUCAGAACGGAGACACGGGGACGCACAGCCGAGCAGACUCCUGGAUCUCCCAGUCCGCCUCGGUCCCCCGCAACCAAAAGCAGACGGGGGUGGACUCUCCCUCUCCGGCCACUUCUCUUCCCAAACCUGCAGGCCAGUCUUCCUCGUCCACUUCCUCCUCAGGCUCCCAGGCACAGCCCAGGACAGUCAAGGUGACCUGCGCUAACUGUAAAAAGCCCCUGAAGAAGGGCCAAACAGCCUACCAGCGCAAAGGCUCCACACACCUGUUCUGCUCCACCACCUGUCUCUCUGCCUUCUCACACAAACCCACCCCCAAGAAGAGCUGCACCAUGUGUAAAAAGGACAUCACGAACAUAAAGGGUACAAUCGUGGCCCAGGUGGACUCCAGCGAGUCUUUCCAAGAGUUCUGCAACACCAGCUGCUUGGGUGCAUACGAGAACAAGCAGAACCCCCCCAAAUCAGGCCUCAAAACCAAAUGCACUGUUUGCGGCAAGCUCACAGAGAUUCGGCAUGAGGUUAGCUUUAAGACUGUGACCCAUAAGAUGUGCAGCGACACCUGUUUCAACGUGUACCGGCGGGCCAACGGGCUCAUCAUGAACUGCUGCGAGCAGUGUGGCGACUACCUGCCCACCCGGGCGUCGGCCAACCACGCCUUACUGGUCGACGGCCAGCAGAAACGCUUCUGCUGCCAGAACUGCAUCAGGGACUUCAAGCUGGCCCACAGUAAACUGGCCAGCUGCCUGACGUGCAAAACGCUGAUCAAGACGGGCGAGGUGCUGCACAGCCUGGGCUCCAGCGGCUCCGUGGGCUCCUACUGCUCCGUUAGCUGCAUGAACAAAGGCAAGCUGGCGCCCUCCUCCAUCCUCAGCACGGAGCCCACGUGUCAUUUCUGCAAGAGGAACUCUUUACCGCAGUACCAGGCCACGCUGCCAGAGGGCGACAUCCUCAACUUCUGCAGCUCCCAGUGUGUCACCAAGUUCCAGAACGCUGCUCUUCAAACGGCCACCAACGGACAGACGGCGCUCUGCACCACAAACAGCAUCCAGCUUAAAUGUAACUACUGUCGAGGGGCGUUCAGCUUGAAGCCAGAAAUUCUGGAGUGGGAGGAUAAGGUCUAUCAGUUCUGUAGCAAAACGUGCUGUGAGGACUACAAAAAGCUCCACUGCAUUGUGACUUUCUGUGAAUACUGCCAAGAGGAGAAGACGCUUCAUGAGAUGGUCAAGUUUUCCGGGGUCAAGAAGCCGUUCUGCAGUGAAGGUUGUAAGCUGCUGUUUAAGCAGGACUUUAUCCGGAGGCUCGGCCUGAAGUGUGUGAGCUGUAACCACUGCAGCCAGCUCUGCAAGAGAGGAGUGACCCGGGAAAUGGGCGGCAUGACUCGGGACUUCUGCAGCGAGGGGUGUGCCAAGAAGUUCCACGACUGGUACUACAAGGCGGCGAGAUGCGACUGCUGCAAGGUGCAGGGCAACCUGACGGAGUCCGUGAUGUGGAGGGCAGAGAUGAAGUAUUUCUGUGACCAGGACUGUCUGUUGAAGUUCUACUGCCAGCAGAACGAGCCCAUCAUGGUCACACAGAAGGGCCCGGAGAACACCAGCGGGGGGUCAGAAGUUCAAGGGGCCAAACUCGGGCUGAUGAACCAGAGCACCUCAGUGUACAGCACCGGGGGCUUGGUGAGAGACGUGAAGAACAAGGCGGUCCUCUGCAAGCCGCUCACCUUAACCAAAGCCACCUACUGCAAGCCGCACAUGCAGAGCAAGCCUCUGCAGACAGAUGUGGAUGAUGGCGUUAAGAGGGAGUAUGUUCCUGUCCCGAUACCUGUGCCCGUCUUCAUCCCCAUGCCCAUGAACAUGUAUUCCCAGGUCACCCCCACCCCCGUUUCUUUGCCUGUACCGAUUCCUGUGCCUGUAUUUAUGCCCACCACCCUGCAGGGGGCAGAGCAGAUCCUUCAGAGCAUGAAAGAUCUGAAAAAGGAAGCUCCCUCCACCCCCCUGGAGUCUAACCUGAUCUCUGAGGCCGACACGGCCUCAUGUGACCAAAAGCCAGAUGUGAAGCAGAUAAAGCUGAAAAGGGAGCGAGAUGGCGGGGAGUCCCCCCACAGCAGCCACUCUGAGGAAGAGGAGCAGCAGCUGGAGGAGGAAAAGUACGAGCCCGACCUGGACCUGGAGGCAGACUUUCCUCAAGCCUCAGAUCCUGCUCCUGUUCUGGAGGGAACGGACGAGGAAAUGGGCUUCUCUCUGCCUCCGGUCCUGACGGAGGAGAAAGAGGAGCUGGAGGAGUCGGCCCCUCGCCCACAGCCGAGGACACUGGGCAACAAGCGGCAGGCGGUAGAGGAGGCUUCAGCCACCAAUUCCCAUCCACCCAUCGGCUCCCCGGAGGCUCCCCGGCUGCCUCUGAAAGCUCGCUAUGGGAUCAAUGCCUGGAAACGCUGGGCGCUGUCCGUCCCCUCCCAGCUGGAGGACGCCGACGUGGAGGAUGGCUCCAAACCAGCGCGGCCUAAAAGCAACCUGCUCGCUCUGAGCCCCGAGGAGCUGAACGUGGCUCUGUCCCAGUUUGUCCGGGAGGUCUGCAGGCCCAACGGGGAGCGCUACUCGCCGGACAGCAUCCUCUACCUCUGCCUGGGGAUCCAGCAGCACCUUCACACCAAAGGCCGGAAGGAUGACCUGUUCAGUGACCCGUGCUACCAGCAGUUCGGCCAGGAGCUGAACAAAGUCCUCAAAGACUGGCAGCCCAGCGUGCUUCCCGAUGGCUCCCCGUGGGGGCGGGUGGAGGAGGGCAGUCUGUGGAGCAGCCGGCAGCUGGGCCAGCAGAGCGCGGCCGCCCUGCUGCGCUCGCUGGUCUACCUGAACACCAAACACUUCGGGCUGCGCACGGUGGAGCAGCACCUGCGCCUCUCCUUCGCCAACGUCUACGGCCCCGACACCGUCCACCCCGUCACCAAGGAGACGGCCGUCUGUAUCCGCGUCCCCUCCAUCUCCCCGGAGCCCCACGUGAAAACGUGGCCCAGAAGGAGGAAGCGUAAGCUGGAGGAUCGCGUUGAGGAUGAGGACGAGGACUUGAGAGGCUCCUCUGUCUGCGGCCCGGUCCAGAAGCACGAGUGUCGUCUGUAUGAGCUCUACAGAUCCAAGUGCCCCCCCUCUCUUCAGGAGCGUUUGGACGUGUUUUACGUGCAGCCGGACCCGGCCCGCGGCCCCGACGACCCGCUCUGGUUCAGCUCCACCCCCCUGCAGCGCCACAUCCUGGAGGGGCUGCUCACCCGGGUCCUCCUGGUCCGGGACCUCUACACGGACAGGCCCCGCCCGGGGGAGGACCACAGGGAGGAGGGGGAGGACCAUAGGGAGGAGGGGGAGGAGGACCAUAGGGAGGAGGAGGAAAGGGGGGAGGCGGGGACGCCCCCAAACCUGCUCCUGUCUUCAGAAGGAACCCGCCGGGAGCAGGAGCACACGGAAAAAACAAAGGACGGGAUCACCACGGGAGACUGUGGUUUUCAGUGGUUUCAGACGUCCGGUUUCGGAUGA